CUCACAUGUCUGAUUUCCGCACAAGAAGAAGAAAGAUCCCACUUUGAAAUGUUGUUGUCUCAUGUGUUGAAGAAGUAAACCUGCAGCCUUUAAAGGUUUCUAAAUCUCUCUAACCAUAAUAGAGUCAGUUAACUUGUUGAGCUGGUUAGCGUAUGAUUAGAGUUUGUAAACACAAUGUUAAACUGAGACGUUAGUUCGCGCUAUUUGUGAAUGGCUGUAGCUAGCUGUCACUAGCUAACAGGGAUGUCCUCGUCGCGGACAGAGCGCCAGGGCGAGGUGGGAGACCUGAGAGUCCAAAGAAAAGAAGAGCUCCAAGAACUGCUCCAGAGACAGGAAAAGAUACUUUCUAACAAGAGGUUGUUACAGACUCUUCCUGACAAAGGGAAAAAGAUAAAAGAAUUUACAGAGAAAGUGCGCCUUGCCAUCGAGCACAAAGAUGAAGAGGAGAGGAGACGGAGCUUGGUGUUUGCUGCCAGGACAGAGUUACAAUCAAAGUACCAGCUGGCCUUCACUAUGCAACGAUGUGCUAUCAACACACCAGCAGCCCCACACCAAAACAUGCAAAAUGAGGCUGCUGCAGACAAUGCAAUGCAGGACACCUCACCUGUCUCAGCUGAUGUGCAGGAAAACAACACUUUGGACAAGGAACAGGACCCGUUUGUCUCCAAAACGGCUGCUGGUGAAACCAUGGAGACGGCAGCUGCUGGGGCCUCUCUGAACUGUGAUGAGAUAAAAGAGACUGACCUUGUGGAGGCCUUGGAAAGGGUCAGACUGUCUGAAACUAGUGCUUGUUUCAGUAGCGAGUCCAAAGAUUCAUUUAACAGCACAGCAAGAGACAACUACUUUCUCAGAAAGCAGAUACGAAAACAGCCUCACUAUGUAACUGUCCUGGAAAAAACUGAGAGCACUCCCAGGAAGCAAAAAUUCAAACCAAAUCAGCUGCCCCACCGAAAUGACACCCCUCUAUCAGGAUACUCAUCACCCAGCCAGUCUUCUGAAGGCUCAUCACCGCUCUCUGCACAGACCAGGAAGGAGAGGGACAGAAAACACCUGGAUGACAUCACAGCAGCCAGACUCCCUCCUCUUCACCACAAUCCGGCCCAGCUUCUAUCUCUGGAAGAGUCGGCCGUCCUCCUGGAGGAGCAAACCAAGAAGCAGCACGAGUUGCAGGCCAAGCUGGCAGCCCAGAAACUGUCUGAGGGAUUGAAGCUCUCUAUGGGGAGCUACACUCCUGACCGUGGCCCCAUGGCUGCCUACAGAGAGGUUCACGAUGAAGGAGCCCAGCUCUCCUCAGAGGAGGACUGAUCUUGGAAGGCCGGAGCUGGGGAAACCAGUGUAACCUUGGCCCUGAGGGAAACAAGCUUUGGACCUCGCCAUCAGGACCCAUCCAACAGGAUUUUCACUCUGAGGACAAGAAUUGUUAAGAGAGGAAAAAGGUCUCUGCACGGUGGGAAGGCAUAGUUGGUAUCCCAGACUCAGCUCAGGAAAUUGAAUGUCAGGUUGAGAAACUAGCUAACUUAAUUGUCAUUCAGUUUGUAUUGGGUUCCGUUGUUUCAGUGUCUUGCAGGAAUAAUAAUACCUGCUGUUGGCUACGAGUUUUAAAUGCUAAAUCUGAAGCAUGUUUCCCGUCAGCAUACUGAAGCUGAUGAUGCCAUGGCUUUUCGAACCUGAGAGCGUUGUAUGUUGAAACACCUAUUUUAGUGUGUUUUUAAUUAUGUGUGCUUAAAGCUCAUCAGCAGGUGGAGCAGACUGUUUCUGGCACAGUGGUGACUGUUGAUGGUUUUGUCUAGAAAAUAGACAUGAGCCUGCAGAUAGUUGUGUCAGACUGUGUAACAGAACUGAAUAAAUACAUCUUAUUCUGCAAA